GAGACCAGGAAAAUGUAGAUGAAUUGUUUUCGAUAAGGUCAUAAGGAUCAUAUUAUUAUCUGCUUCCUGAUCUAGGUAGCAACAUAUGUCUUCGCAAGUUGAAACUAAGGAUCAUAUACGGUGCUGUAUUAAGGGGUCGACACUUGCCCCCAUGAAAUUAUCAAAACUUCAUUUAAUUUAUUUAUCAUUUAAUUUAUUUGACCCACUAGCAAAUAUUUAUCGGCCCCUUCUACUUCCAAAUCAGCAUAAAUAAUGCGCAUGAUAGUAGUGAACGUUCUAAAAAUAAAUCUCAAAAGUUGUUGUCUAUUCUUUUAUUUUACUAAGUAUUUUUAUAAUUGAAAAAUAGCAUUUAUAUAAUACUUGACCAAAUUGAAAAUAGUAAUUAUAUUAAAAAAUACAAGAUAUAAUAACAAACUGAUCAUAGAUUUUACGUUGAGUUUACGUUAAUAUAGUGAUUCCAAAUUGGCUGUGAUUGUCUUUUUUGUUUACGUUAAACAAUUAUUAUCUCAACGUAAACGAACAUGCAACCAAAUUAUAAUACUACAUUAUUAUAAGUAAGCUAAAAUGAUGACGAGAAACGAUGAGUUCCUACAACCCUAUAAAUUCUGAGGUGAAGAGGAGUUAAAAAUCACCAACUAAACACUUAGUUACAUGAGAGACCAAAAUCUAACAAAAAUGGAAAUAAUUUUAAUGCUCUCUUUGUGCUUAACGACCCUCUUAGCCCUUCUCUUGCUCAAAUCAAUCCUUAAACGAACCGCCAGCAAAAUGAACGUACCACCAUCUCCAUGGCGACUUCCCGUGAUAGGAAACCUCCAUCAGGUCGGACUCCACCCUCAUCGUUCCCUCCGAUCCCUCAGCUUCCGGUAUGGACCACUCAUGCUCCUUCAUUUUGGCCGUGUCCCAGUACUCGUUGUCUCUUCUGGUGAAGUAGCUUAUGAGGUUAUGAAAACACACGAUCUUAAAUUUGCCAACCGCCCGAGAUCAAAAGCUGUUCAUAGGAUUAUGAAUGGUGGGCGUGAUGUAGUAUUUGCUCCCUAUGGAGAGUAUUGGAGACAGAUGAAGAGUGUAUGCAUUCUGAAUUUACUCACCAACAAAAUGGUUGGGUCCUUUGAGAAAGUAAGAGAAGAAGAGGUAAAUGCAAUGAUUGAGAAGCUGGAGAAAGCAAGUCGGUCUUCUUCAUCAGAAAAUCUGAGCGAGCUUUUUAUUACUCUACCAAGUGAUGUUACGAGUAGAGUUGCCCUUGGAAGAAAACAUAGUGAUGACGAAACUGCGAGGGAUCUCAAGAAUCGUGUGAGGCAGAUCAUGGAGCUGCUAGGCGAGUUUCCGGUAGGGGAAUAUGUCCCAUCCUUGGCAUGGAUAGAUAGAAUCCGUGGAUUCAAUGAUAAAGUGGAGGAAGUGAGUCGCGGGUUUAGCGAUCUUAUGGACAAAGUGGUGCAAGAACAUCUAGAAGCUGGUAAAAAGAAAGUGAAUUUUGUCGAUAUAUUGUUAGCAAUCGAAGGAGAGAUGAGUAAUGGAUUCCAGGUUCAAAGAAACGACAUAAAAUUUAUGAUUUUGGAUAUGUUUAUAGGAGGAACGUCAACAACUUCGACUCUACUAGAAUGGACCAUGACGGAACUGAUUAGGCAUCCCGAAUGUAUGAAGAAACUCCAAGACGAGAUUCGGUCAAGUUCUAUACCGAAUAGUUCAUACAUAAAAGAAGAAAAAGUUGAGAAGAUGAAAUACUUAAAAGCCGUGAUUAAAGAGGUGCUCAGGUUGCAUCCUUCUCUUCCACUAAUACUUCCUAGAGUUUUGAGUGAAGAUGUUAAGUUAAUGGAAUAUAACAUAGCCGCAGGGACAGAGGUGAUAAUAAAUGCUUGGGCAAUCCAAAGAGAUACUGCGAUAUGGGGACUAGAAGCAGAAGAAUUUAAACCAGAAAGGCACUUAGAUUCACCUACUGAUUAUCGUGGAAAAGAUUUAAACUACAUUCCAUUCGGAUCAGGGAGAAGGAUUUGUCCCGGGAUAGGAUUCGCUUUGGGUUUGGCAGAAGUGGCAGUGGCCAAUCUUGUAGGCCGAUUUGACUGGAGAGCAGGGUUUCGACCAAAGGGAGAUCAAUCUGAUAUAGCUGAAGCCGUUGGUAUCGAUGUUUGCCGCAAGUUUCCUCUGAUUGCAUUUCCAUCUUCGGUUGUGUGAGAUGCUCUUGAUCACCUAGUUAUGUAUUAUUAA